AUGGGAGACGGAGGGCCUCUACACACAGAGGGAAAUGCCCUCCUUAAAGCUGUAUUUCAGGGCAAACUGAGACUGGCUCGUCUGCUGCUGGAGGGUGGAGCCUACAUUAAUGAAGGCAAUGAACGUGGGGAGACACCCAUUGUUGCUGCCUGCCUGGCAGGUUAUGAGGAUUCACAAACACGUCAGAGAAUGGUGCGAUAUCUCCUGGAGAAAGGAGCCGAUCCCAACAUCCCUGACAAAUCUGGUCGGACUGCCCUAAUGCAUGCCUGUGCAGGACAGGCUGGGAAAGAGGUGGUGUCCUUGCUCUUGGAAAAUGGAGCAGAUCCCAGCCUUAAAGAUUACUCAGGGUCAUCUGCUUUGAUGCAUGCCAUCAAUAAAGGUGACCGUGAAACCCUGCAAAUUUUGCUGGAUGCUUGCAAAGCCAAAGGCAAAGAAGUCAUCAUUAUAACUACUGACACGUCUCCCUCAGGCACUAAGAAGACCAAGCAAUACCUAAACUCACCCCCAUCACCGGGUGUAGUAGAUAAGCUGUCUCCAGUGGCCUGCAUGUCUCCUUCUGAGGUAGAAAUCCGGACCUCCAGCUCCCCCGCAGGAGAGGAAGAGGAAGGAAUAUUCAGCUUUGCGCUAACUUCUGCUUUACCACUUCCCAGCAACCGCCCUCCGGGAGAGAAAAGACCUCCUCCACGUAAACUGCUCAAAAGGCUCAAUUCAGAGCCCUGGGGCCUAGUGGCACCAUCUGUGCUGAGUGGGGCAGCUCAAGAGAGGGUGGAGGGGAACCUGGAGGAGGAAGAGAAGGUGGUCACUGAGAUAAAUGGCUUGUCAAUAUCUGGACCAGGGAGACCCCUCUUGUCCCGUAGACACAGUAUUGAGACACACGACCCUUCCUCCCCAAAGCUGAUUGACCGGUCCUGCUCAGAAGACUGUGCAUCCCUUUGGGGUCCCUCGUGGGCAGACAAAGUUCAGCAGCAUCAGAUUCUUUACCGGAGAAACACUGCUCCAGAGUCCCAGGAGAACACUGGCCAGACCUCAAUGGCUGUCCGUAGCCUUGCUCAUCCCAAACUCACCCGCAUGGAACACUAUGAAUCAGAAACGCACCUUUGUCCUGAAUCUAUUCCUGGAUCUCCAGAUUCUGGACGUGUGUCAGUGGAGCGCCGCAAAUACAACGCUUCUCCGCUGUCCCUGCUCACCAGUUCUUCUCGGGAAUCCCUAGAGAGUAUCCCAAACUCUGUGUCCCCUAUUACAAUGCGGCGGCGUCCUCCAGGUCUGCUUGAACGUCGGGGCUCUGGCACCCUCCUGCUGGACCAUAUCUCUCACACUCGGCCAGGAUUCCUUCCCCCACUCAAUGUCAAUCCCCAGAGGCCCAUCCCUGACAUCAGAGCCAAUGGCAAGCCCACAUCACCUAUUCACUCCAGCAACAAAAUCUUACUGCCUGUAGCACCUUCCUCCCCGAAGCGUGGCCCUGACUUUAAAAUGAAGAAGAAGCUGAUGAGGAGACACUCCAUGCAGACAGAGCAGAUGAAACAACUAUCAACGUUCCAAGAGAUCUUGGCGGAAAAGGUAAUUGAAUUUAAUGGAGAUUGA